AUGGCGGGUUCUUCGAUCAUGGAGAACCUCUUCCAGCGAUCGCUGGAGGAUCUCAUCAAAGCCAUGCGCCUCCAACUCAUCGGCGAAUCUACCUUCAUCUCCAAGGCCACGGAGGAGAUCCGCCGCGAGAUCAAAUCCACCGAUCAGCAAACCAAAUCCACCGCGCUUCACAAGCUCUCCUAUCUCUCUUCCGUGCAUGGUGUCGACAUGUCCUGGGCGUCCUUUCACGUCGUCGAGGUCAUGUCCUCCUCCAAGUUUGCUCACAAGAGGAUUGGUUACCACGCGGCUGCCCAAUCCUUCAACGACGAUACGCCGGUGCUCCUCCUCAUCACCAACCAGCUCCGCAAGGACCUCUCCUCCACCAAUGAGUUCGAGGUAAGCCUCGCUCUCGAUUUGUUGUCGCGAAUCGCCACUCUCGACCUCGCUCGCGAUUUGACGACCGAGGUUUUCAAAUUGCUCGCCACUGCUAGGGUUUUCGUUAGGAAGAAGGCUAUCGCGGUCGUUUUGAGGGUUUUCGAUAAGUACCCCGACGCGGUUAGGGUAUGCUUCAAGCGCUUGGUUGAGAAUCUCGAGAGUUCCGAUCCUCAGGUUGUGACCGCCGUAAUUGGAGUUUUCUGCGAGCUGGCUGCCAAGGAUCCUAGGUCGUAUCUUCCCUUGGCGCCAGAGUUUUAUAGGAUUUUGAUUGAUUCUAAGAACAAUUGGGUUUUGAUUAAGGUGCUCAAGGUGUUCGCUAAGUUGGCUCCCCUGGAGCAUAGAUUAGGGAAAAGGAUUGUUGAGCCGGUUUGUGAUCAUAUGAGGAGGUCUGGGGCCAAGUCCUUGGUGUUUGAGUGUGUUAGGACUGUGCUUACUGGCCUGAGUGAUUAUGACUCGGCUGUUCAGCUCGCGGUGGAGAAGGUUAGGGAGUUGGUGGUUGACCAGGAUCCCAAUCUUAGGUAUCUUGGGCUGCAGGCACUUUCGGUUGCUGCACCCAAGCACUUGUGGGCAGUCUUGGAGAAUAAAGAGGCGGUGGUAAAGUCGUUGAGUGAUGAUGAUUUGAAUAUUAAGAUUGAGUCUCUGCGAUUGUUGAUGGCCAUGGUAUCUGAGAGCCAUGUGGCAGAUAUCUCCAAGGUGCUGCUUAAUUAUGCGUUGAAGUCUGACCCGGGAUUUUGCAAUGAGAUAUUGGAUUCCAUUUUGAAGACAUGUUGUAAUAAUGUGUAUGAGAUUGUUGUUGACUUCGAUUGGUAUGUGUCUCUUCUUGGAGAAAUGGCCAUGAUUCCUAAUUGCCAAAAUGGGGAAGAGAUUGAAAAUCAGCUUGUUGACAUUGGCAUGAGAGUUAAGGAUGCUAGAAUGGAGCUUGUUCGGGUGGGGCGUGAUCUGUUGAUUGACCCUGCAUUACUGGGUAAUGUGCACUUGCAUAGGAUAUUGUGUGCUGCUGCUUGGGUUGCUGGAGAGUAUGUUGAGUUUGCAAGCAAUCCCUUUGAACUCGUGGAUGCACUCCUGCAGCCUCGGACCAGUCUCUUGCCACCAUCCAUUAGAGCAGUUUAUAUUAAUUCUGUUCUUAAAAUUUUAAUUUUUUGCCUGGACUGUUACCUUUUGCAAAAUGAUGGUUCUGGAUCUUUGUAUUCUGGUAAUUUAGAUGGGAGACAGUCAGAGUUAUUUAGUGUAAAAAAUGACACUGAGGCUACUGAAUUGGCAACUUGUGGAGGUUCAAAUUAUGAACAAGAUGUUGGUUUUAACCCAAGGAAUACAGCUGAACCUUCUGAAGAUCUUUCUGUUGAAAAUGGUAUAGAUAGAGCUGCCAUGCAUGGUAAAACAUUUACAUCUAACCUAUUGGAAAAGAAGAAUUCCAUGCAGGAAUCUAUUGUAAGCUUAUUGAAUCGAAUUGAAUUAAUUUUUGGACCGCUAAUAGCAAACCAGGAUGUUGAAGUGCUGGAGAGAGCACAAAACAUACUUUCCCUUGUCCAGUUGAUUAAAGAAGAAAUAAUUGAUAAUUCAGGCCAGAGUGUGGACAUUAUGGAAAAAAAAGAUACUCGAGUUUCAGCUAUUAUCAAUUCAAUGCGUGAUGCUUUUACUACUGAACUUGGUCCAGUCUCAAUAAGUGCACAGGGAAGAGUUGCUGUGCCGGAUGGACUAGUUCUGAAAGACAAUCUUGAUGACUUACAAGAAAUAUGUGGUGAUACUGAACUACCUUCAAGUUCGUUUGGCACAGGAGGCCCUCACCUUACCACUAAUUCGGAUGCUUCUUCGUCUAAUCUUCUGAACAAUGAAGAGUCAGGGCCAUUGAAUGAAUGCACAUCCUUAAUUGAACACCGUAAGCGGCAUGGGUUAUAUUAUCUUCCUACAGAGAAGAGUGAGAUUGUACCAGAUGAGUAUCCUCGUGCAAAUGAUCCAAAGUCAAACAGUAAUGUAAAUGAUGAAGCCGCCGAACUGGUCAAGCUGACAGAGCAAUCACUUCUUCUGAAGAAAAGGACUAACCAAACGAAGCCCAGGCCAGUAGUGGUGAAAUUGGAUGAUGGAGAUAUCGCACCAAUUUCAGUCAAAAGGCCAGAGCCAAGGGAUGAUUCUCUUUCUGGUGCCAUAAAAGAUGUUCUUCUGGGAAAUGAAACUGGACCAAGUGUGUCUCGAAGUUAUCCUUCUGAUAAGUCAUCAAGGAAGCAGACAGAGAAAAAGAAACUAAGCACGAAUGGUCGAUCUGAAAUGAAGGAAAAUGAAGUUGAUGCAGAAAAGCCUGACCCUGAAAGUCCAAAUUCGAGCAGCAAAAAUCAUGGUCAUAGUAAACACAGAAGACACAGAGUAAAAGAAAAGUCUGUUGAGGGUGAAGAGCAUGAUCAGAGGGGAAAGAAAAAGAGUGGCCACCACCAUGGUAGGAGAAAAACUCAUCAAAGAGCAAAGUCGCCCUUAAAUGUGGUUUCCCAAACCCCUGUCAUUCCAGAUUUUCUUUUGUAG